AAGCUUUCUCGAUUUUUCAUUUAGUUCACAACAGAAACAUAUUUCUUACUUUUUCUUAAAUGUUACUUAAAUUUCAAUGGAAAAAAAAUCAAAUUUUCAAGUGGCUGUGGGACCCAAAUUUUCAAAUCCAAUUUUCUGCGAAACUGUUGUUGGUUGCUGAGUUAUAAGAUUCGACACGCCGAUUGGAAGCUGAUACUCAUGCAGAUCAAUGUCUUUUACGACAGGAAGUUGACGGCCCAGCACUUUGUUGGACUCACUGAGCACCACGCAUCGGUUGCUACUUCUGCUUCAAAAUCAAAAAGGGCAAGCGGGUUUUGCAUUUCAAGCAUGGAGGACGAGGAAAAUAAUAAGAAACGGAAGCAGAAGAAGCAAGGUAAGAAAGCGGUCGUUGUUGAGAGGCCCCGACGAGUGGCUAGAGAACGACCGCAUUCACCAACAGAGAAACAAGAAGAAGAUGACAUAGAAGAUAUUGUUAAGUGGAGUUUCAGUGGGGAUGAAACCCAGAAAAUUAGGGAAUGUUUGUUGGAGUGGUACGACCUGAACAAGAGGGACCUGCCCUGGCGCUCAAAGAAAUUAGAUUCAUCAUCACCAUCACAACCACCGGAAGAAAGGGCUUAUGGGGUUUGGGUUUCGGAAGUAAUGCUUCAACAGACGAGGGUUCAGACUGUCAUUCAAUACUACAACCGUUGGAUGCACAAAUGGCCAACCCUUCACCUUCUCUCUCAGGCUUCUCUUGAGGAGGUGAAUGAAAUGUGGGCUGGUUUGGGGUACUACCGCCGUGCACGUUUUCUGUUGGAGGGAGCAAAGAUGGUUGUUGCGGGAGGAGGUAGAUUUCCUAAAACAGUUUCUGAACUGCGAAAGAUUCAAGGAAUUGGAGACUAUACUGCUGGGGCUAUUGCUUCAAUUGCAUUUGGGGAGGUAGUGCCGGUGGUUGAUGGGAACGUGAUAAGGGUGAUUACUAGACUUAGGGCUAUUUCUGCAAAUCCAAAAGACUUGGUGACUGUCAAGAAAAUAUGGAAACUAGCAGCUCAACUAGUUGAUCCUAUCCGGCCUGGAGACUUAAAUCAGGCUCUCAUGGAAUUUGGUGCAACCAUAUGCACCCCAUUGAACCCAAGCUGCUCUUCAUGUCCUGCAUCCGGACACUGCCAUGCACUGUCAGUCUCUGGACACGAUAGUUUGGUACAGGUGACAGAUUUCCCUGCUAAGGUAAUGAAGGUCAAACAGAGACAUGAUUUUUCUGCCGUAUGUGUGGUGGAACUACUGGGAGGUCAAAAAACAUUGGAGGGAAACCAAAGUGACAGUAGAUUUCUUCUUGUAAAAAGGCCGGAUGAAGGUCUGCUUGCUGGCCUCUGGGAGUUCCCGUCUGUCUUGCUGGAUGGAGAUGCUGGUUUGGCAACUAGAAGAGAAGCAAUUGAUCACUUUCUGGACAAGAAGUUUGGACUUGAUUCUAAAAAGACCGGCAACAUAGUUUUCAGGAAAGAUAUUGGAGAGUUUGUCCAUAUGUUCACUCACAUUCGUCUAAAAAUUUUUGUGGAAUUGUUGGUAGUUCGUCUAAAAGGGAGGAAAAAUGACUUAUUUGGAAAGCAAGACAAAGAAGCUAUGCAUUGGAAAUGUGUGGAUGGCGAUACCCUUUCAAGUUUGGGAUUGACAUCUGCUGUGAGAAAGGCAUACAUCAUGGUUCAAAAAUUUAAGCAGGAAAAGCUGUCCAAUAAUUUUACCCCAUCAAGAAAGAGGAACAGAACGACAUGAACAAAACAACACAUUCCUGCUUGAGCCUGUUCAAGUGACCUAAAGGGGGUGCCUUAUUAAACUAAUUCAACGAGAAAGGCUUCAUGAGACCUAUUCUCUACAUUUAUGUGUUACAGAAGUGCACAUUGGACAUGCAAUAAUGCAGAUUAUUUGGUGAGGAGAACUGUUACAUAAAGUCAUUUUUGCGUACCACUUGCGUACAUCACUGAUAUGAUUGGCCAAAACAGUUAUUUUACACUUAAAAAAAGUGAUGUAGCCAAUCACAUUAAUAGAGUGCACAAUGAGUAUGCAAAAAAGACUACACAGAAUUUUUGAUUGGUGAGUGCUGGCUCUUGGGUUUUGCUACUUCUCAUUUUAUAUGCUUGCAAUAUGGUACUUUAGGACUUGGUAUGAUUCGUUGUUUUGUAGUUAUCACUGCACAUGCAACAAUGCAGAUUAUUGGUGGGUACUACCAGCGGAAUACCAUGAUUCGUUGUUUUUUGUUA